UCCGGUUGGUCGCGUCCUCCUCCAAUAUGUCUGCGCCCUUGCAGACUGGCUGUGUUUGUGUUAACCUGCUGUAACCUGCUGUUCGUAUCGCUCCGUUCUCCCUCCUCUCCGUGACUCAGUGAGCGCAGCUUCUUCCGGACAUGUCGGCGGACAGAGAGCCCGCCAAGGAGCCGCAGAAACCCGCGGACGGCUUCAGGACUCCGGGGCUGAGGGGGGCUCAGACCACCACCCUGUUCAGAGCCGUCAACCCUGAACUCUUCAUCAAACCCAACAAACCGGUGAUGGCGUUCGGCCUGGUGAGCAUCACUCUGUGCGUGGGAUACCUGGGAUACCUGCACGCCAUGAAGGAGAACGACCAGCAGCUGUACGAGGCCGUGGACAGCGAGGGCGAGCGCUACAUGAGGAGGAAGACCUCCAAGUGGGACUGAGCAGCUGUGUGUGUGUGUG